AUGGACCCUGGCAGGACGCUUAAAGCGCGCUGAGGAGGAGGAGGAGGCCGCCCCCGCCGCCGCCGCUAUCCUAAUUUUAGCAGCCCGUUCUCUGCUGGGAUAACAUACGAGGCGCUCCAGAAGACCAGGGCGCGAGCAAGGGUAAGCGCCUCGCUACUCGGGUCGCGGGGGCGGGCCGGUGUCGCCGCUUUGCGGAUUCCACAGAGCUCCUGGUCUCGGAAUCUGUUGUAGUCCAAGGGGAGCUCGAAGCCUUCCCUCAAUCGUUUUGGGAGACUCGGGGAAGGCUUCCCCUUUGCCCCCGCCCCAAACCCCACGUUGUUUAUAUACCCCCUUGCUUCUCCUCCACCACCACUCUAGAGGGCAGUGCUUAAAUCUGGAAAGGGGGCGGGGGGGGGCGGAAUCUGGAGUUCCUAACCCCACAUCCAAGGGGAUUUCUCUUGAGAAUGAAAAAGCGAGGUUAUCUGCUGGCCCGCAGAACGAUCCGUCCGGCGGAGUCGCCUUGACCGAUCGCCCGUCGGGUUUUGUCAGCCUGGAGGGAUCCUGUCGAUCGCCGGGCAACCCCGGCCGGGCCCCGCCCUCUCUCUCCUUGGCUGCCUCGGCCUUUUCCCCCGUCGAAGUCGCCGCCGUCCCCGCGGCUUUCCUAAUUGCAGCCUGGGCUUAGCCUUGAAGUUGCAAGUCCUUGACUUCUUUAUACCUUGUAUAAAUUCUCGAGGGCUCCUGCGCUUCGUCAAAUCUGACAAAUAUACCCGAAAAUAUAAUUCCAAGGGGGUUACCUCAUUUUGCAUACUGCGAAGAUGGAAAUCAAACCAGAACUACUUGCCAAGGGGAGACAGUUCUCGGGGCUGUCUAGUGUCAAGGCUGCAGGGGACAAUUUCGUCUCCUGCGCGUUGUGGAUCAGCAUGACAAGAAACACGUCGGAACGUCGCUAAUAAAUGUUAUAUUUUUAUGGAAUUCGAUUUUCUUUUUAUAGCUGCAGCUACUUGAUCCUGAAGUAUUAUUAUAAUAUAUAUAUGCAGUUGAAAAGGCUAACCUAAUAUUUCACAGGUGUAUUUUUCUAGAGGUCAUGUGACAAGAGCUUAAGGUCCAAAUGAUUUUUUCAGAGCGCUGAUUUAUCCGCCAGAACGCGAAUAAUUUGCCAAAAGUCUAGGAGGACUUUAGGAAGAACAAAUAAAACUAAGAAUGCAUUACUCCAAAGAGAAAUCAAGUAGGAAACCCGAUGCCUUACAAAGACGAUGUCUUUUUUGUUUUUUUUUUACAUAGACCGAAAUAACUGUUGGUUCUAGUUAUUAAACUGCAAACAAACGGUUUAAUAAAAUAAACAGGAAAUCAAACUGUCCACAUUCAAAACCUAAAUUGAAGCUAUUUUAUUAAACUGGAAAUAUCCAUUUAAAUAAAAAUAUAUACACGAUCAAAACUGUUCUGACUUAAAUCCUAAAUGAGAUUUGUGUUAUUGAUAAUGAAGCAUGUACGUUCAUUUCCCGUCCAUGUACAGUAAUUGCUGCCCUAGUUAAACGCUGAAUAUAAUCCUUAGUUCCUCUUACUAGAAAUUAGUUCCUUGGCUUUCUUUGCACUCCUUGCACAGCUUAAGGCAGACUACUUGAGUUUAUGUAAGUUUCCAUAGUAAACCCUGGUAUUAAAGCAUAGAAGAGACUACAUUAUUUAAACAGAACUGACAUCCAAGUAUGUUUGUUCAGGACUUGAGUUUUACUUGGAAGAAAGUUCUAUUUCUAUCAAGGCUGAUUACUUUUUUAAAAAAUAAAUCAAAAUCUGGGUGCCAGUCCCAUAAUCAUUUUAAAUCCAAACAACACUGGGGUUUAUAAUGGAUUGUAGAUUAGAGUAAAAUAAAAAUAAAUAAAACAAUCAGCCAAGCAUUUGUCAGCAAUGUGAAUAAGGCAGUAGCACCAAAAGAGAGAGAAAAGCUACCUGAUGUACACUUCUGUCUACCUGUGUGCACACAUCUGUGUCAAGGUUCUGAAUCUGUUCCUGUCUAAUUUGAGGUUAGACUAAUAUCUUUGGUUUCUUUGCAUGUUAUCCACCCUGGCAAUUCUUGUUACUAUUACAGUGAGGGGAGCCGGGAAUAGAUAGGUGUUGGUUGUGUGGUUUUCAUUUUAAUCUACACACACACACACUCCUGAGAUAUAGUCCUAAACAUUCUCUGGGAGGUAUAUCCCAUGGAACUUACUUAUGGGUAAACAUAUUAAUAUUGAGUGGCAAACUACUUCUGUUUAAUAGUUCCAGUCUGGAUAAUACAGUACUAUGUGGACGGGUGAAAUGUUCUUUUAUUUGGCUUUUUAAACAUUUAAUUGCUUGCUAAGAUAAGAAAGCGCCCAGCUGCAAAUUCCCAUAGUUUCCUAAUCUUUUUCGUACUCCCGUUGCCCCCACCACCCCGUCCCAUUCGGAAAACCUCCAUCAGGUACGAGGAGCCCUGGGGAGAAUCGGAAAAACGGAAUAUUCAGCUUCUGUAGUUUUGAAUUUGGGGUUGGCAUCCUGUCCAAGUCAGUAGGAAAUCCACUCUUGGCUCUAGAUUGCGCCAAUGCAACCCGACUCUGUAUGUUUACUCGGAAGUAAAUCGCACCGUGUUCAGAGGUACACAGAAUAAGUGGGGAAUAGGACUGCAUCCGCUCGCUUUAUAAAUUCUCCCUUUCCAGUGUGCGGGAAAGCAGCUUUUUGCUAAAAUACAGCUUUCCAAGAGUGACUGUCAAACACUUGCCGCUGCCAUUUUAUUUUAUUUUUUGGAGGGGAGCCACCUUAACAUACCUUGGGACAGUAGAGCCGACUUCCCAAUAAAUCCCAGGCGUGAUCCGCCAAACCUAAUUCCUCCAUUGAUUUCCAUUAAAGGGAGCUAAGCACGUGCCUAAAUCAGCGGGACCUAAGUGUCCCCUAUUUGCAAGGGGUGGCUUGGGUAUAGGCCCUUAAGAGAAGGCAUUCAGCUGAAAUAUUGGGUGUGGGUUUUUCCAUUAAAAAUUAAUAAUCGUGGUUUUGGUAUAAAUCUUAUCUGUUUCACCCUUCCAGCAUGCAUGCAUAGAUACACAUAUACAAGCAUCCCCAUGCGAAUCAUUUACGGUGUGUUUUGUUGUCUACACAGAUUGUAUUAUGGAACUGGGUCUGCCCAAGAGUAUCCCUCCCUAUGUGGAUUUAGGUAAGACAGUGUCUAUUCGCUAGAGAAAUUCGGAAUAGCAGGGAAGCGGGGGAGGGGAGAGGGGGGGUCUUCCUGGGCAUUAGGCUCCGCGUCGCUUUUAAUACUCUAGUAAAGUCCAUUGAGCCCUUUUUUAGUUGGGCGGAUUUCUAUAGGCACUAAUUGAGGCGCGUUUCUUUUAUUUACUCUUGCCUCCCUAUCUCUAACUCUGCGUGUGCUGCUGAUUAACUCGGCUCUCUCCCCCCCCCCCCAAAAAAACUUUAAGGGAAUAUUUGACUCUCACCCCCCAUCAAGUUGCUACUAGUGUUAAGAUAAAGCGGGAUGUUUUUCCCCCCAAAUACAACUGCAAAGGCAUCACCAGCCUUAUCUGAGCUAUGUCUCUGCGAUGUUGUUUGCUCUCUGGACCCCAUGACUGCAGGGAAGAUAAUGGAUGGAGCUGGCACACGCUGAUAAGAACUUGGAAGUAUAAAGUCCCGUGGCUUUCUGACUUCCAGAGAAACAUGGUCAAGGUGGGGAUGUUGUUUGGGUGCUGCGAUCCUGCAAGUACUUGAUCUCAAGGGGGAGGGGGAAUCCAGCGGGGUUUUCAUCAGGUCCAGUGUGUGCAGGAUCGCCUUCUACGAGGCUCACUUUCCAUAGAGUUUCGACUCGGGGAGAGUCAGUGAAAACUGUUUUAUAAUGAUGAUUUAUUUUUAUUUUUUUAAAACUCCUAUAAAACUUUCUAUAAUGAAUAUACAUACGGAUCCGCAGCUAAACUCAGAACCAGAAAGGAUUUUAGCCGAUGUCGUGAUUAGCUCCGCUUAGCUGACUUGUAGAUUGCACUUGUCUGGGUUCUGUUUUUCUUAAUGGGGGUUUUAUCGGGCGCGGACGAAGUUCUUGAAACGUUUAUAAUUACAAUUAUUAAAUAUUGGUCGUUGAUCGUUCUCCUCAGCAGAGUCACCGGGUUGUCAAUUUAGCUGUGUUUAAAGGCAUCUUGGGUUUGUUGGUUCUCCACAAAGGGUAAUUAUUUGUCUGAUUUUUUUGUCGUUUGAAACAGGAAACAUUCCUGGCUGGGUUUGCUCUGAGCACAUUAAAAAGCCCCGUGCGUUAUUAGAAUACUUCAGCCUUUCAGGAAAUGUCCCGUUUGGGGGGGGUGUCUCUCUCUCUCUUUCUCUCUCUCUCUCUCUCUCUCUCCCUCCCUCCCUCCCUCCCUCCCUUCCUCACCAAGCAAAAUACUGCGAGCAAUUAAGAGGCUUGCUCGAAUGAAACAAGGACAAGGGGGGUGGGUUUGAAAUACAUGUUGGAAACACAAUCCCGAGUGGCUCCGAUUGCAGCUUCUUUUCAGCUUGGGAAGGCUCCCUAACGAAUGAGAGAGGCUAGUGGUUCCUGCGCUUUUGAUUACACUGGAUCAGAGGCAUAUUUUUUAAUUCCGCCCUAAAGAAGAAGGGGAAAAAUCGCACCAAGUUCAGAUGAAGAGAUGCCCUGAGUAAUAUGAGCAGCCUGGUUAACAAACUCCCCUGCCCUUUUCCUCCAUCAAUUAAUCUGAAAAGCAUGUUCCCAGAGGGGGCGAGCUAAGGAACGAUAUUAUAGUUGCUUAUCCUGCCCCUCCGGACGCUUCCGAAACUUCCCUUCUCUUCUGCUCUGAAGAUAGUCAGAGCUAUUAAAGAAGACAGCAACCCGCAGCUCGUGGACUCCGGGGCCCGCCUAAGAUCAAUAGAUCUGCUCUGGUGUAAGUGCCCAGCGCAGCCUAACAGGGAAAUUAGAUGCGUGUUUUAUUUCCCCCUGGAAAGCGAAUCCUAUUCCGUGCAGUGGGUCUUCAACAUGCACAGGGCCGGGCUGCAGCCGAAGUCGGAAUGCAGCGCGUUCUACUGCAAGGAAGCGUCUCGAUUUUGCAGCAAUAAAGUCCCAGGCCAGCCAAGGAAUGAGUGGUCGCCUCGAAGUGCGACCUAGAGCCGGGAUUCGGAGCGCGUCGAUUCAGAGACCACUGAGUCGGGCGGGGUCCCUGCUACGUGCCUUCAGCCUCACGGUGUCCAAAAUGGGAUUCAAUGUAAUUGUCCCGAAACUGAAGUGCCAGGCUGUCACUCGUGUAUUUCAGCCCCAAGGGCUGCUUCUUUUAGUAGAAACUGGAACUGUGGGACCUCUUUCCUUUUAAACGAAUAGCAAGGCAGACCACUAUUGUCUACACCAAGGAUGAGGAAACCGGUGGGACCUCCAGAUGUCGCAGGAGUACAGCUGUCACCCUCCCCCUGGCUGUCUGGACCCCAUCAACAUCUGGAGGGCCAGAGGUUCCCCGUGGCUGGCCCGGCAGCGGCUCAGACAGGGGCCUUUCGCAGCCCUUGCCUGGCGAUGGCGGGACUUGAACCUGGGACUGCAUGCAAAGCAGAUGUCUCUGCCCGCUCUUAUUAUCUGAUACUUCUUCCCACACGCGCUCUGCAAUCCUCUGCUUUUUCUUGGAACGUCCAGGAUCAGGACGCAAGAGAGCCUCCGCAUCCUAAUAAGAGGCGGAGGCCCCCCGAGAGAGGCUCAGCCAUUGCGCUCUGGCGGCCUGGGGCCCCGCAGUCACCCAGGCGCGCCUUAGGCAGGCAGGCAGGCAGGCCGGCUGUCCCGGUGCCAAGCGGAAACCCAGCUCGCUUUGCUGGAGGGGGAGGGGGCAGGGAAGGGCUUUUCUUUCUUCCCAGCUUUGGAAAGCAUGUUCAAGCGGCGGGUGGAGGGGAGCGGGAGAGAUCAGCGGCGGUUCCGGCAGCCAGUUGCUGCUCUUCGAAAAAGCCUUGGGGUGUCAUUUGUAUCUGUCAGGGAAAAUUAAGCUUUCUGUUUUUUAGCCCGCGUUUUUGUCAGCUCUCCCAACGUUUAGUUCAGGGCCGCUGCCUUAUUAUUAAAGCCCCAUCAUCUGUUUGGACAGUAAUAUAUUAAAGACGUUGCAUCUGCGCAGCGCACGAUGCCUCAUCCUAUUACAGUUAGAGCUCCACACGAGUCCACACACACGCACACUCUCUCUCAAAUCCGUGCAGGUAGAUUGCUGAUAUGCUGCUCCCAAACUGGGUCCCAGUGCUCGCGAAAGAGUGCAUUUGCCACGUCUGAAGAGAGAGGGUGGGGGGUGAGACGGAGAAAGUAGGUGGUCCUCGCCCAUUUAUUUAACUAAUCUGGGUUUUCUAGCUUGAAUUUAUCCACUUCUGAAGCUUAAAGCUGGAAUGUCACUUGAAUAAAUAGAUCGCCCAGAGGCAAGUUUUGCAGACCAAGCUCCGGAGCAAAUUCUUUUGUGUGGUUGUAUGUCCCCCUUGCAUUUUUUUUUUUUAAGGAGGGGAGUGGGAUCCCGUCACGGGGCUAAAGAAGGGUUUUUGCCCGAAGACAAGGAUGACUGAAUCAAAUAGCAAGGCAAAGCCAGAAGGUGGGGGAUCAUGCACAGCCCCCCACCUCUCAUGGAUUGCAAUAACGCAGUGGUGGUAGUUGUGAGGGAGUUGCUGAACUUGACACAGCGGAGUGGAUGUUGCUUGUUGGGCUGUACGUGUCAGGAUGCGCUUUGAUCAGCGAGGAGAUUAGUUUUUCUCUUCUUGUGCACCCCCCAAGAGAGGGCGAAGUCCCUCAGUGGUAGGAGGGAGGAGGGCCUGUGGCUUAUUGUUGUAGCCCCUGUAACUUUCCAUUUCCUCCUCCUGGGCGACCCCCGCAUGCCUGGGUUGGUCCUCGGACCUCUGGGACGCCCCUCCAAGUGCUGACGCUGCUUGGGCGCCGGUGUUGACCUGGCAGUGGUUUGUGUAAAGGGCCAGAAGUUGACCUCCAGUCCUGAGGGCCGCCAUGCGCGACGAAACCGACCAGCCUGCUUGUUCUCCCAACACACCCUUAAUAAAAGCAGCCUCGCGCUUAAGUGGGUAAACGUGGUCUGCGGAGAGAGGGAGAGACUCUUUCUGGGGUCCUGAAACCCCCAAAAAAGUGCCUCCUUCUUCUUAAAUGCUCCCCCUUUCCCUUCUUGCUGCGAUCGCUUCCCAAGCCCAAAGCGCGUUGCCCUCCGCUUUGCAUUGGCACCUCCGUCGUCGGGGGUGUUUUUAUGUUGGCAAACGGCUCAGGGAGCUGUUUUAUUGUCCCGUGUAAAAUAAAAGGCUCUAUAAAACCUGCCUCGCUCUGGAUGGCUGCCACGGUGGUGGACGCUAGGGGCACCUGGAGCGGGGCAGGCGCCUUCUGCUCCUUCUCCGCCCUGGCUAGGACAGACCAGCCGGCGAAGGAUCCGCCUGCGGGGCCCAAAGGCCACGGGUCCGCUUCCAAGGACGGGGCCGGUGUGAUUCCCGCCGCCGCCCCCCCCCCGUGGCAUCCUCCUGGUCACCACAAGCACACCACCACCGCAGAGACGGGGUGGCGGGGCUGCAGGCCCAAUGCUGUUGGUGGAGGGCAGAGGCAGCUGAGCGGGCAGAUCCGGCGGCAACGCGGCGCGAUCACGCUUCUAUAACGCCUUGGGCAAGUGGGAGAAAGAGGCCCGGAGGAGCCGCGCCCCUGGGACUCCAUUAGCAUCGCCACCUCGGGGAGGCGCGCAGGGACUCGCGGCUUUAAGAAGAAGCAGGCUGCUUGCAAAUCUUAAGAGCCGCCGCUCCGCCGCAAGGGUUCCCCUUCCCUAGGCUUCGAUUUCAGCCUGUAUCUGCGUCCCCAUCCUUAAAUGCAUUUAUUUCCCCCAAUAAAGGCGUUGGGCAUUGGUUCAGUUGGCUUUCGUGGGACUCGCGCCCUGAUCCGACCGAAACAAAUGGUUUGGAAAUACAGUAAGUCCCCGUGGAACUGGUUUUCGAGGAUCAGCUAUACCUCGCAGCACGUCUGAGGUCGGGAGUCGGAGAGCUGCCCCUUGGUUGGCGAGGCUCUGCAGUCCUCUCCAAGGCUAGCUGGGAAUGAAGUCCCGCUUCACCCUCCCACGGGGACGGACUUCCAGAUUUAAAAGGGCGCAAGAUUUGGACCGACUUCGCCGAUCUCCUUAUGGAGCGCUCCUUGGCGGGGAAAUGCAGGCAGAUAACGAUCCGCAGAUAAUGGGCGUCUUGAGCUGUCGCGGUGCUCGCAUACGCGUCUUUGUCUCCUGGGUUUGGUGGCGCGGGAUGCGAACUUCUCCCCCCCCCCCACGCGGGACAGAUUAAGUUUCAGUGCGCGCAAUGGAGAGUCUCGUGGCAAUCCGUGGGGUUAGUUUCCUGCCUUUCGGGCUUCGGUGAGACGUGGCUGCCGCUCACCCUCCCCUGGGACGCAAGGUUUGAACUGUGUGCUUUGCAUUUGUGCGAGGAACUGCAUUUAAACCACGCGGAGGUCUUCGUUGGCGAUUUAAGGCUUUAAUAAUUGCCUGAUAUUAGCUUUUGUCUGCUUUUUGUGAAUUCAACACAUACCAGUCGCGUCCCAUCCUACGCCGUUAGUAUGCGCACCUUUGAAUGUUUUCCACCUCCCUCCUGGUUUCAUUAUUUGGGUUCCACAGCUCUGAGCAGACAAACCAGUUAAUCCGAAUUCCUUGUGUACAAAAGUGAAUUGAUCCCAUGCACAUUUACUUCGGAGUGAGCGCCGUUGAAUUCAGUGAGACUUACUUCUGCAUGGACAGACCUAGGAUUGCGCUAUUGGUAGGUUUCAAAAUCGAGGGUACAACCAUUUAACCUCAAGCCAGCAGUGUGCUGUUUUAUACUAAAUUAUGUAACUCUCAAAUUAAAUAUAUAUAUAUAUAUGCAGAAGCAGAAAGUAUUCCCCCCAAAACAGAAUACAGUACUACUGGUGCGAAUCUUAGAAUAGCACACACACACACCCCAGUUAUAGAUCAGAGAACGGUUAUAUGUAAAUGGACAAAAAAUUAGGAAGACCAAGAAAGGGGCACAGCUACGUUGAUGCCUUGCUUACAAGGUAUAUCCUUCCUGCAUUGGAGGGGGUUGGACUAGAUGACACUUGGGUUCCUUCCAACUCUACGGUUCUAUGACCCUGAGAUCAGAAUAGACGCACAGUCCUAAGAAAAUGUAUUAGGGAGCAUCCCCACCGGGCUUUCUUCGAAGUCAGCACGCACAAGAGUGGUCUGUUAGGGGCCUGCCUAAUACUCUCUUGGGAAAAAUAGAGGACUCACAAGCGAGUCGUGUCCCAUAUUUUAAGAUUAUGAGUGCAAUCGGAGAAUAAUUUACAACAGGUUUUUUCAGAUUAGGUCAUGGGCGUAGCCAGGAUUUUUGUUGGCGGGGCGGGACUUGGUAUGGGGGGGCAGGACUUUCGUUAGGGGGCAGAACCGACGUGAUUGGUCAGUUAGUUAAGUAUUUCUAUUGUUUUACUUGAUCUAGGGGGCAGCUGCCCCCCUGCCCCACCCUUGGCUGCACCCAUGGAUUAUGUAAAUGCACAGGUAAAAUAAAGACUGCUGUCUUUCCUGCUGGCAAAAUGGGGAUUGUAAGAUCCUUGGGGCAGGAACCCUUUAUUUAGGUAUUUAUUUUGUUUGUCGCUCUGUAAAAUCAUUAAAAAUAACAGCCAAGCAAGCCUUAGUUUAAAAGUAAAAGGCGUGCCUCAAUAGUGAACAGAAUGAUGUAGGCCAACUCAAGCGCAGCUUGAAGCUUUAUUCUGCCUUUCAAUUUUUUAGUAUCUCCCUCCUCCCUCUCCUUCCAGCCAUUUUCCGAGCUGCACCUUCUUGUGCAGAUAGAACUUAUCUCUCCUGACGAGAUAGAAAUGGCUAUUGUUCUUGUUUGUUGUCUGGAAGAGGAGAAUGGGCACAUCAUUCAACGCCACCCACAGUCUCAUUGUCUUCUUGAUAAAACAGUUACAUAUUUUCCUUAGAAAUCUUGGGGCAUAUUUUGCUUUGGCAAGCAGCGCACAAAUGGAAGUACAGAUGGUGAGUCUGAAAUGAGGGGGCUCAGGUUGCAUAAAUAAUAAUAAUAAAAAUGUUUCUCCCUAAUUUCCUAACUCUCUGCUUCCUCCACGGGAGAGAGCACAGCCCCAAGUCAACCAACGUCCAAAAGUCUUCCUACGAGUUUUUUUGUCAGAACUUGCCAUCCACGCAUACGUGGUUGUGUGCAAUGAAUUAUACCGUUUUAAGGAUACAAUCCCGCUGGGAGAAAGUCCCAUUAAACUCAGGGGGACUUACCUCUGAGUAGACAUACAUAGGCUUACCUUGUUAUUCAUUAACCAACUGUCCUCAUUUGGAGACAUAUGCAACCAGAGCCUGUGCAUUUUUAAAAAAAAAAAAUCGCGGAUGUUAAGUCGCACUGAAUCCAAUGAAAUUUACUCCCCAGUAACUGUCCACAAAGCAUAACAAUUUGGGCAAGUUCUGUCGAGAGUUACGCAUUCUCCCCCCCCCCCCCCCUCCUCCUUUCUUGGCUGGAAGCGUUUCUUACGGAACCCAGUUGGUCUUGGCAAUGUCUUGGGCAACGUAGCGCAAUACUCCUGCCGGGAAGGGAAACGCCCGACCAGGGCACAGGAUUGCUUGCCGGAGUGAACCGGCUCAAGGACCAGUUCAGGUCCCAUUUAAAGCCACCUGAUUAACUUGCACGUGUGAAUUCGUCAAUCGAUUGUAUCAGCCAGCGAUUGCUCUCAGCCCUGUUCCGGGCGCUUAGAUUGUAUCCAGACCAAAAUCUCACCCUUGAGGUUCAUGCAGCCAUCCAACGCUUUGCCCUACUGAAAGCACGAUGGACUGACUGGGAAUAUCAGUCAGUUAAAAUAUUGCUUGCUAAACGUCUGAGGAAAUAAGGAGAUUUUAUUGUUUUAAAAAACACAAAAUAAUAUCCAUGUCGUCCUAGGAGCGUUUGUGGAGCUUGUGCGUCAGAAGACUGCCUAAUAUAUAAACUAGUAGUUCAUUAUAAUAGGCUUCUCCUUGGAAUUUGAGAGGAAACGGUGUCACUUACUCUUUAACGAUUUUCAAUAAUUUAUCGGCGAAACAUGAGUCUGUUUAGCGCUAAUAAACCUGCAGAAAAUCGAGCGGGGGGGGGGGAGGCGGAAUUCCACAUUUUGCUGCCAGGUGGCUUUUAAGUGAGAUCUAAGGGUUACUGUCCUGUGCAUAAUACCCUGUUUAGUAAUCAGCUCUAUAUUAUAACUUAACUGGUUUAUGGAUCGGGCUGUACAAGGUGGGCGGGGAGACUUUCUUUAAAAAGGAAUCAUCAAGUUUAAAAACACACACACAUCGUGGGCUGCUAGUUUGAACAUUAGAAAACUACUGAGAAAUUAGCCGUCGCAAAACGACCAAGCGGCGGAGAGAAAUCGCCCAGUCUGAACAUUCAUGUGAUCGAGUUGGACUUUAUUGUAAAAACCCACAAAUACAUAGGCAUACGGAUCCAGAGCGCAUAGGAGCUCCUGGACGUACAGAUCCAGCUCAACAACUCUAGGUAUUUUUCUUGUACACAGAUAGGGGGCGGGGGUCAGGCGGGGAAGCCUUUUUGCAACCUUCCACAAUUUUGGCUCAGAACAGCUCCAAGCAGCGCCAUCCGGAAACCCCAAACCGCGUUUCACACGUACCACUUUUAAGCCACCGCGUCCCAGCAUUGGCAUUUGAACUAUACAAAUACCUUUGCACCUGUUUUUUAAUAGAUUGAUGGCCAGGUAGGAAGCUUGAUUUACAAUCGCAUUUCAGCCUUCUCGUGAGUGUGUUAUGAUGAACUUUAUGUUCGGAGCACAUUUUUGUUCCCAGGGGAAUGCAGGCAUUUGGGAAUAGCUUCUUGCGACGUUUAAACCUCCCUGUAGGAACAAGGCUUGUAGUAAAAAACGGUGCAGUCCCGUUGUCACAAGACCAACAGACUGCGUCCCAACCACACAUUCACUUGCAUUUUCAGCCAAAACAAACAUGCUUGCAGCUUCGAAAUUUAGGCUUAGAUCCGGAUUUAUAACCAGGUUUUAAUUGGAGGAACUCCUUCUAGCCUGAUCCCAGACUCGGGAAAGAAAACAAGUCGUGUAGAAGUUUACUGCGCAACUUUCUACAUUUCACUGAUAAAGCAAGUCCCAUUGUGUUCAGAGGGACUUGCUCCCUAAUAAAUGCGUUUAAGGCCGCAGAUUUGGGCCGCAAUCCCUAUACACCUUUUCCUGGGAGUAAGUCGCUUACCAAGCUCAAUGGGAUACUUCUGAGGAGGCGUGUAUAAGAUGUCAGGCUCGGGAUCCUGGUUCUGGAUAGCAUUGUUGCAGACGGGCCGUUGCAACCAUUCUGACACCGGGACCCUCAACACAUUAAAAGAAAACAGGUUUGUCGUCGUGGAUUUACUUACUUCCACUUAAAUGCCUUGGCACUUUUCGUGAAAGGAAAGUUACCUGCCGGGAAAAAGGCCUUCAGAUGUGUGGUCGCCGUGGGAAGCAAAGAGUUAAUCGGUUCAGGGUAAUUUCGGUCUUCAGUAGGAAGGUUGCUGGAAUUCCUUGAAGGCAAACAAACCUCAGACCUUUCAGGAAAGCGAGAGCUGGGUUGCACUGACCUUUUAAAGCGCGGCUCUGGCCCACAUUCUGGUUCAAUUCGGACUGGUUUGUUUGGUUUAUGCCCCCUUGGCUGGAACUGCACAAGCCGAGUACUCCGGCUUAACGGUUUCGCUGGUCGGCUCCCCUGUGCAGGCCGCCCUUGCUGCUGUUUCCCCUAGUCACCAAAUCUGGAUUUAAUAAUCACGAGAGAGAUAAGUGAGAACUGCACUGCUGCUGUUAACGCACAACCCUGCUUGCAUCCCUGAAUCAAAUCCCAUCUGCCUCUGGGAGGAAGACCCGCGCCGAUUCCAACAGAAUCAGCUUCCGCCCGAUCAGAGUAAGGAACCCGUGUUGCCGUCAGGGCAGAGGUCUCGGGGCUCUAGAGGUCUAGGAUGCCACUCGACGGAAUCAGUAGCAGGGCCCCCAAAUGCAGCCUGGCUGGCCUAUCAAGUCAGGGAAGUAAAACACUCUGCCAUCUGAGAAAAAACAAGAACCCCAAAGCCGUUUAGGCUGCAAUCCUGUACACUUCCCAUUGAGUUCGGUGGAGUUUACUUCUGAAAAGUCAUGUAUGGAGUUUCACUGUCCAUCCAGAGCCUGAAAUUACCUCGCUGCGCCAUUGAGCUGAGCCAAGGCGAGAAAGAUCCACGGUGUUCAAUGACACGACUUCCUGUUGGACUUGACUGCUCUAUCUAGAGAUCCCACACAAGUGGUUUAGGAUUGCGUCCCGCGUCUUUCAGCGCGAUCCUAAAUCCACUGAGUGGGCAUAGGACUAAUGUGGGGAAUGGCAGGGCAUCUGGUUUGCGUGCAGAAGAACCUAGGUUCAAUUCUCAACAUCUCCAGGUAGGGCUGCGGGAAGCCCCCGUCUGACAUCCUGGAGAGCAGCUGCCAGCUGGUGCAGAUAAUACUGAACCAGAUAGGUCUGACCGUAUCCUGUGUUCUUGUUAGUCUUGAAGGGAGAAAGUGCUACUGAAAUACAAGCAGGUGGACCUUCUCCCCCCAGCCUCUCUCCGCCCGCCAGGUUGGUUUGCUCCAAGGCCCCCUCCUGCCGUCUUCAUUCACCCUCUAUAGUACACCCUCAAUGAUGUGCAGGCUCGCAUCUCCGACACCUGCCUUCCCAUCUGUGCCCAUCUUCCUCCUUUCUCCUGCUGGCUCACUCCCAACCUCUUGCCUCCUGUUCGGCCUUCCCAAGCCUCUUCGACCCCUUUCGCUGGAUACAGGCCCUGCAUCCCUCGCCCCACCAGAUCCUCCUAAAAUUGACUCUCUGUUCUGUAGUCGUUCCCGAACAAGCCAACGACAACAAAAAGGCUUCCAACGAAGCUUUUAAGGGUUGCCAUCUCCAGGACAUGUCCUGUUUUUCAUGGGUAUGUAAAAUGAGAGUCGUCAUUGCGAUCCGUAGUUAAGAGUAGAAGUCGGCAAAUGUUUCCUCUUUUUUGCUCUCCAAAAUACGUGCAUUGGAAUUGCUCUUAGUUUAUUUUUUUUUAAAAAAAUGUUUUCGGGUGUUUUGAUUGUUUUAUGGUUUCUGUCUUUGCGGCCCUGGGCACCUUUAGGAGGGAGGGCGGAAUAUAAAUUUAAUAAAUAAAUCUAUAAUAACAUAAGAAAAAAAACUCCGGUUUGGCACACCUUCCCAUAAGGCGUCCAACGCAUUCAUAGGAGAAUUUCCCCGUGGAAAAUCGAGCCAGCCCCCUCAAGACGUCCUGACAUAGGACGAUCAGUGGACGCUAUCGAGGGCGCCAAGUUGAGAGCCCUCUGGACCGGGAUUAGUUCCAGCCUGUGACGUCAUGCGCAUGCAUUAAAGGAGCUUGGUGACAUCACCCUUCAGCUGCAGCUUCCAAAUGAUAGACACGUGGGGCAGAAAGAGCGUCUAAUUAAAUAAGAAUUAAAAAAUAACCUACUAGGAUUAAAGAAGAAAACCCACUUUGAACAUAAGUUUACCAUGAAUUGCGCGGCAAGAUUAAUUAAGCACAAACGUGAAAUCUCUAUAUUCUACUGGCGAGUGGGUUAGAUGUUUCUCGUGGACUCAAAUAAGAGCACCAACAACCAGACAGGUCUCUGUAAGGCCUUUAUUUCUUAUAUCCUACGUCCACACAUGUUAUAUGGUCGCAAUUCCAGAUUGAAACGUAUAUCCUGCGUGAGUGUGCGUCCUUUGAUGCUUCUGCCUUAAAAGGGAAAAAAGGCAAACCUAUCAGAACCGUUUAACUAAUGAAAUCUUGCUCAUCUGCCAUCCUCUCCAUCCAUUCCUCCAUUUGAACCGGCGCGCUUCCGUCAUACCAACUAGUAUGAGUGGGAAAACAUAUUACAAGAGAUAAGGUCCACUACAGUGGUACCUCGGCUUAAGUACUUAAUUCGUUCCGUAGGUCCGUUCUUAACCUGAAACUGUUCUUAACCUGAAGCACCACUUUAGCUAAUGGGGCCUCCUGCUGCCGCCGCGCCGCUGAAGCCCGAUUUCUGUUCUUAUCCUGAAGCAAAGUUCUUAACCUGAAGCACUAUUUCUGGGUUAGCGGAGUGUGUAACCUGAAGCGUUUGUAACCUGAAGCGUAUGUAACCCGAGGUACCACUGUACUUCACUGGACCCCCUUACUUUAUACAGAUGAAAUGGCAUGGGAGAAUACAGGUUAUGGGCUGUAUCCAACAAAGAGUAGAGACAUUAAAGUCAAUGGAGGCAAAUUAGUGGUGCUUAUCUAUAGUCUAGCAGGACUAGCACCGGUUAGCUACAACAAAUUUCCUUCUAGAGGGUUUACAAAUUCGUAAAAGAGACUGCCACUUGAGGAAAUCCUGUAAUCCUAUUCAUGCUGACCUGGAAGAAAAAUCCCAAGGAAACCAAUGGGAAUAGCUUCCCAAAUAUGCUUAGGAAUGCGUGUGAAACAAAGGCAGGACGUUUAAGCCCGCUUCCUCGCAAGCCGCAUCGAAAGCUACGAACGGCCUCCAAAGCAAGGCAGACACAUUUGGGAUCGGCGGUCAUGUUUUUAAUAACGUGCGCCGCCUUUUACGACAACAACCCUGUAAGGUGGGCCGAUAUCUCCACUUUCCCUAUUGGCUAGAGAUAACAAGCGUCGUUUGGUGAGAUUCGAACCCGCCACCUCCUCGUUCCCAGCUCCGCCGCACCAAACUGCUCUUGGCUGGCGAGAGAGGCGAGACGGGUUGAGAUCGACCGCGGUGACAAUCGCAGGCUGCCUCGGUAGUUUUUCCACUCGGCUAAGGCUGCUAACCAACCGACGGCGGUUGUUUGGUUGUUUGGCUUGGAAGAUCUCUCCAAGCCACAAACCCCGGAGGCUCCGCUGGGAGAUUUCGUUGAAAGCCACGGGUGGGUCUCUCUCCUCUCGCUCUCUCUGCAAUGGAAAAGGCUGGUGUAAGUUUUGACAGCUCAAAGAGGAGGGAAGCAGGAGCUCCGCUGGCACCAACCGGCUGCCUCCGGAUGCCCCUCCGCGCUCGGAAAAGAUGACAGGCCGACACGGAUCUAUUUGAAAGGCGCCAGGAGGGGAGAGCGAGCGCCGAGCACCGGCCGGGGACCCUUUGGGUUGCGGAGUCGCACCAGCCACUUGGCAGAGCCCAGCGCUGGGUGCCACUCUUGUAAGGGAUCGAGGGUUUAAUUCAGACUCCUAGACCCCUCUACAGGAGCUGGCGGGGGCGGGGGGACUAAACGCACCCAGUUUAAAAUAUCACUUUUACGCACUCGGAGAUUCAAUACCAUUGCCCCUGUUACAGCUGAUCUGUGCCUAUGGACGUCUGUGUGGGGCGGGCCCACAUCAAGUCAGCCCUCUUCCCACGUCCCCAAGUAUGCAUCUGCGCCCAUCAGUUGCUUGCAGUUUGGGGUUUUCAGACACCACCAGGCCUUGUAGCUCACGCAUCCAAUCCCCUUCAGUGAAAAGAAACUGAUUUCCAGAAGGGGAUAAUUGGGGAUGAGGGGUUGCUUCUUUUGGAAACAACCCCCCUUAGCCCACGAGAACGUUUUCCUGGUCAGGAAACUCAGGCAGCCACACUCGAUCGUGAGCAUCGCUCCUUGAGAGUAAGCAACGCUGCAUAGAAUCAGUAGUGUUCCAAAUAAAUGUCUCUCUCCCCCCCCCCAAGGAGGGUUGAGGUGUUAAGCAGAUGCUAUUUCGAAACUGAGCAAAGAGUUUCAUAUCAAAGGGUCAGGCUGCAAAAUGGGUCAGGGAGGAAGAGAACAGGAUAGUUAGAAGUCGAUGGAUCUUCCUCUUGGCGUUCAAACAUCCUGCAGAACUUUACAUUCAAAGAGAUGGUCCUGCAGUGGACUGUGGGGGCUGUACUUGUUCUGGUGGGACCAGCGCCCAGCCACUUUACAAGACUGCAGUUCUCCAGGCCUCUUUGGACAGGCUAUGAUUUUGAAGCUGGUUUUAAAUUGGCUGCAGGAGUGUCAACACUGAAAGGCAAUUAUGCCAGAAGACCCUGAGCUGUUGCAUCUUUGGCACAGGAGGUCGUGGUUUCAAAGAAUUCUCUCUUAGCUUCUGAAAGUUAGUUCCUCUUUGGUGGCUGCUUUGGCUACUGACUAGGCCCUAUUAAAUAAAGGAGUCCAGUCGGUCCCUCUAACUACUGAUUGUAACACUUAAUACAGGGACUGGCGAUUCUGAUUUUAAUUGUAUUUUAUAUUCUCUCUGACACGGGCUGUUGUAUUUAAAAAUGUUGUGACCUGCCCUGAGGUUCCCAUGUGAUAAGGGACGGCAUAUCAAUCCUAUUAAUAGAUAUGGUAAAAAGAAGUGACCUUAGGCAGACAAAAGUUAUGAUUCCAUGAGGACUGUCAGCCUUUCAAUAAGCCACCCAGAGUGGCUGGGGAAACCCAGCCAGAUGGGUGGGGUAUAAUUAAUAAAAUGAUGAUGGUGAAAUAAUGGUAGGAAGGGGAAGGGAUGGAGCUCAGCAGCAGAGCAGGUGCUUUGCAUGCAGAACUUCAGUCCCCAGCAUCUCCAGGUAUGGCUGAGAAAAGAAUCCCAUCUGAAACCCUGGAGAGCACCUCCAAUCAGCAUAGACAGUGCUAAGCUAGAUGGACCACUGGACUGACUUGAUGAAAGGCGGCUUCCUAUGUUCCUAGGAAGACUUGCCUCUUCCACUGUUUACUUAUUUCAUUAUUUAUUUAUUAAUUGCAUUUAUAUUCCAUCUUUCCUCUAAAGAGCUCAAUGUGGUGUAUGUUGGAGCACCCUGCUCAUUUAAUCCCCACAACAACCCUGCGAGGUACAAGACGGUGACUGGCCCAAGGUCAACCAGUGAGCUUCAUGGCCAAGUGAGGAUUUGAACCCCAGAGUCUGGCACUCUAACCACUGCACUAUGCUGCUGUGCACGUUGUGGCAUAUUGCAAUUUCAAAGUCCUCAGUUCUUCCCUGUGAAGAUUUAAAAUGCCCUAGAGAUUUACAUUUUCCUCUAUGUUUUCUUGAUUCUGUUAUCUCUCUAUGCUAGGAAAUCUAUUCCACUGGCAUGGCUCCCCACCCCACAGCAGAAGUUGUCUUUCAUUGAGUCACACCACUGGAUAAUCAAGCUCCUUGGGGGUGUGGAACCUGGUGCCCUCCCUAAGUUGUUGGGCUGCAACUUCUAUCAUAUUUAACCAUUAGUCAUGCUGGCUGGGGCUUAUGGGCCACUGGUUCUCCACCUCUUACCUGCUCUGUCCCCUAACAGAUCCACAUGGCCUCAAAAACAGUAUGCCACAGACUUGUUUCGUCCAGAUACAGUGGUACCUUGGGUUACAGACGCUUCAGGUUACAGACUCCGCUAACCCAGAAAUAGUACCUCGGGUUAAGAACUUUGCUUCAGGAUGAGAAGAGAAAUUAUGCAGCGGCGGCAGCUGAAGGCCCCAUUAGCUAAAGUGGUGCUUCAGGUCAAGAACAGUUUCAGGUUAAGAACGGACCUCCGGAACAAAUUAAGUAUGUAACCAGAGGUACCACUGUACUUGGGUUGGAAAUGCUGGCAACUAAACCUAGGAAUAUAUGCUCUACCACUGACCCCUCCACAGUGCCUAUAUUAGGAUCUCCUAACCCUAAAAGGUCACAAACUUUCAAAUUCAACAGAACUCUUUGUCAGGCUGUAUGUCAAGCAAAAAAAGGGGGGGUUGAGGAACAUAUCAUGGUUAGAGAGCCCUAAGUUGUAUGUUUAAAACACAAAUUAUGAACAGGGCCUUUUGCAAAAUACCCUGCAACUUCUUAUUUUCUCUUUUCCUCUGUUUCAUUUAUUCUUUUUUGCUUAACAUCCAGCCCAAAUAAGAGUUAUGCUGAACUCAAACUCUUUCUCAUUGCUUUCUGAUGACAUGGUUGAAAGGUAACAUAGGAUUCACAGUUACUUUUUGCAAAAGUUGCAAAAAGAGAGAGAGAGAGAGAGAGAGAGAGAGAGAGAUAAAGCUUCCUUGUCCUUUGCACCUGCCCAAAUGCCAUCUUCUGUGACUGUCACAGGCCCUGUCUCCCUUUGCCACAGCAGCUUCCCAUAUCAGGCUUUCUAACACAGACUGCAGCCUCCCUCCCUCCCAGUCCACUCAGCUGAUCAUUGAAGAAGAGAUAAGGGCAAUUCAGUCCCUUUGUGUUAACUUUCAGUGAAACAAUGCAGAGGGCGUUCCUCAAGAAAAUAAACUUCGAAGUCUCAGGUUGCUUGCCCUGAACAUUUUCGGUGAAGUCUGUCGAUGUUGAUUUUGCAGCAAAUGAGUUGCGACCCUCUGAUUUCGACUGGAGACUUGUCAUUUCCCCACCACAACAUGCCAUUUUUCUAAAAAAAGAAAGGGGGGGAGUGGUUGAUUCAAUCAUAUUUCUACCGGCAAGCAAAUUAAGAGAAAACAUGGAUUUUAACUGAUUGAUGCAUUGUGCAGUGAUAAACACAGACACUGGAAAAUUAUCCCCUUAGAUUUCAGAUGAAUGCUCUUUACAGUUUGAUUGUCCCCCAGUACCAGGGGACAGACUGUGGCUGAGGCGUCAAGAAUCUGCCUUGCAGGCAAGAGGUCCCACCUUCAGUCCCUGGCAUCUCCAGGUACGACAGAGGAAAGAGCCAGCGUAGUGUAGUGGUUGGAGUGCUGGACUAGGACCUGGGAGACCAGGGUUCAAAUCCCCACUCAGCCAUGAGGCUCCCUGGGUGACCUUGGGCCAGUCACUGGCUUUCAGCCUAACCUCACAGGGUUGUUGUGAGGACAAAAUGGGGAGAAGUAUGGGACUUGGGUGGUGCUGUGGGUUAAACCACAGAGCCUAGGACUUGCUGAUCAGAAGGUUAGUGCUUCGAAUCCCUGUGGCAGGGUGAGCUCCGGUUGCUCGGUCCCUGCUCCUGCCAACCUAGCAGUUCGAAAGCACGUCAAAGUGCAAGUAGAUAAAUAGGUACCGCUCUGGCGGGAAGGAAAACGGCGUUUCCGUGUGCUGCUCUGGUUCGCCAGAAGCGGCUUAGUCCUGCUGGCCACAUGACCUGGAAGCUGUACGCCAGCUCCCUCGGCCAAUAAAGCGAGAUGAGUGCUGCAACCCCCGAGUCGGCCAGGACUGGACCUAAUGGUCAGGGGUCCCUUUACCUUUAUGUAUGCCAUAUUGAGUUCCUUGGAGGAAAGGCGGGAUAUUAAAGAAGUAAGUAAAACUCCCACCUGAAACCCAAUGUAGAGCCUGAAAUCCAGGAGACUGCAGCCGUCCAGUGCAGGCAAUACUGAUUUAGACAGACCAGUGGUGUGGUGGCAGCUUCCUGUGUUUCUGUAACUUCCGUUUCCCAGCUGGUCCAACCAGCUCAUGGGUAGUUGUUUCAAUGGCACUUUGCCAUAACCAUGGAAGAUCAGAAAGCGAGGGGUUCCGCAUCCUUUGGAACCAAGCAGUGCCUCGAUCAUCCCUUUCUAAAACUAAUAUAAAAUUUAAAUUAAAAAGGGAAUAAAUGAGGGCUGGGGAGAUUAGAACGUAUUGUUCUUUUUUUUUAUGCUGGGUUUCAUUUCCGAAACGAAAUGAGCCUGCCUUGGAGGUUACAUUCGCUGACCCUUAACUUGGGGGGCGGGAUACGUGCGAAGCCAAAGACGCACCGAACAUGGUUAGGGACCCCGUUGUUGCUUCACACAGGAGACAAGAUAGCGCGCUAAUUAUGACACAGGAUUAUGUGCCGAAUUCAAUGCAUGCCCUCAAAGAAACGAGUUCGUUUUCCAGGUGCCACAGCACUCUUGGUCUGUUAGCUGCUGCCGAUUGAUAAGCCUCAUAUGGGAGAAACCCAGCUGUGUUUUCUAUUAGCUUCCGACGUGAAUCGGGAGAGAAAGCAGGUUUCGAGCCCUAGUUUGUUUGGGGAAAUCGAUGUUCUUGAUUCAGGGUGCAUCCUUUCUGAGGAAAAUUGGAUUUCGUGAAAGAAUGGGCAGGUUGCAUUUGUGCAGCCCAAAUCUCCAGGCUUGGUUUCACACCUUUCUCGCCCAUGCGUUGCUGCUGGAGGGGCGAUAAGAGGGGAUUAACUCAAGGAGACGAAAUUGCCGUGGACUUUGGGAGUUUCGGUUAAGCAAACUGACUUCUGGAGCGCUUGUCUUUUAUUUUCUUUUGGAAAACUCCACUCCCAAUCCACACACACACCCCCACAAAACAAACUGGGCUCCUUGUAUCUGAAAUCAGCACAGGCAAAUAUUUUGUCUCUUUAAAACACAGUCCAGAGGUCGUAGUUUUGGGACUGGACCCCGGGGGGAGGAAGAGACGCAGAUAAUAAAAGAAUAAAUACCCCAGUGGGGUGUUUCUGAGAGCUCCAUCCCAGAGCUCCGUGGCGCUUUGUCAACAGAAACCGUCAUAACGAUGGCAGAGAAUGCGGGUCACUGGCGGUGCGUUUGUUUAACUGAUCACCCACACCAUUGCACCACUUAGGGAACGGCCUGGCUCAGGGGCAGAGCAUCUGCUUCGCAUUGCAACAGGUCCCCGGUUCAAUCCCAGGUGUGGCUGGGAAUGUCCUGUUCCUGAAACCCUCGAGAUGCUGCUGGACUCAUGGUCUGACUCAGUAAACGGCACCAUCCUAUGUUCAUGAAAAAUAGUUUCCAAGGGGAGCCAUGGGGGAGCUCAAAUUCUGAGUUCCUUCACAGCCCAUGAUGCAGCUGGAGUUAAACUGCUGGGUCCUGUUGGCCUCAGGAACGGAUGUCAAGAGAAAACACUCCGUAUAGCUCAGGUUCUUACAGCAUGGUGCUGAUAACGCCAAGGUUGCGAGUUCGAUCCCCAUAUGGGACAGCUGCAUAUUCCUGCAUUGCAGGGGGUUGGACUAGAUGUUCCUCAGAGUUCCUUCCAACUCUACAGUUCUGUGCUUCUAUGGAUGAUUUAUCCCCACCCGCCACUUCAGCUUGGUGGAUCCGGCUUGCCAGCAGCCUCUGGUGACACAACCCCCGGGCAAGUCUCUUCUUGACACUCGAACCGCCUUUGGCACCUGAUUCCGGAGUGAUCCUGGUGUAGGCCACAGAGUUUGUUCAGAGGGACUUGUAGAGCGCAGGAGUUUCCCUGGGCGAUCGACGCAAGGUUGUCCCGGCCACCCUGGAAGUUUUUUGCCCCUGUGAUUUGAAGCGCCUUUCUAAACUGUGGGUUUAGGAUCCGAGCCUAAAGCAGCUGAAAAACGCAGGGAUGUUGGAUUAAGGCUGGAAUCCUAGGCGCACUUACUUACAAGUAGCUUCUAAGGAAAUCGGCGCUUUCGGAGCAAGUGGGUGGGUCGGUGGUUUCAAGAGAAGUGAGCGUGAAACGCUGAAGGGCCAUUUUAACCGGGGAGUGGUUCGGCGGCCCUGAGUCAGCGUUAGAGCUGUGCGCUCUGGGGUUGUCUGGGAAAAGUCUGUUCAAGACAAUUCUCCAGUCUUCCUUUCGCACAUUGGUUGGGGAGGGUGCGAUUAAAGAAAUAGAGAGUCCAGUACAGGAAUUUAGGGGUUUCCGAAACCGAAACUGACCUCCUGGGGCCCUUUUCCCUUUUUGGAAAACUCCCUCCAGUGACAUUUCCCCCGGAAUAUGGAGCAUGAAGGUUAACCACAGAUUUCUUCUUCUCUCUGAAAGUAUUUUGGGCCGAAUCGAACCUGUUUUGAACCUGGGAACACACUAAAGACACACUUUAGCUCAAGGGGAGGGGGGACCCGGGAACCUUCGGGUAGUGUUGAACUAUAGUUUCCAACAACCCUAGCCGGCAUGAGAAUGGCAUGGGGUGAUGGGGGCUGUUCCCCACUCCUGCUUUAGAUAGUUGUCCAUGAUUCUCUGUAACGCACACAGCCCUUUAAAACACACACACACACACACACACACACACACACACGCAGAGGUUUGUAUCUGAUUUCAGUCUGUUGGGGAGACCAUCCUUUCACCGUAGGCACUCGGCUUAGACCAGGGAUGAAGGGAACCUGUGACCCUCCAGAUGUUGCGAAACUCCAACUCCCAUCAGCAUCCCAGGCAGCCAAUGGUCAGGCAUGAUGGGAAUUGUAAGUCAGACAACAUCUGGAGGACCACAGUUUCAUCAGCCGUGCCAAGCAAGCAAGAUCUUGCAAGGAGUGGCCUUCUCGACCCAAACCACCUCUGUUUGGAACAAGGCCUCCUGAUUGCUUUCGAAUAGUUUCCAAGGAAUUGUGCUUAGGCUUGCAAAUGGUAAAGUUGGCAUCACUGAAGCACUCCCGGUGUUCCUUUUUCCAGGGUUACAGGGGGGAUUUGGGAUGCUCCACAAUGGGGGCGAGGAGGAGGCUUCCUUAAACAGGACACAGGGAAAGGUCCGGCUUCGGAGCUGAUCUCUUUGUGAUGCGAUUUCUUUCUUUAACAUCCACACUCGGCAUUCCUAUCCAAAAAAAUGCAUAUUCUGUCCGCAACAGACAAGCUGUAAAGAAGAAGAAGGCUAAAUAACGUUAUAGCCUGCAUUUAUUGUUUAGCGUGGGUGAAAGACAAGACAGAGUGAUAGGGGAUGGGGGAAGAUUCCGAUUCCGAUCCUGAGCACUCUGCAGUGUAUAGAUGCGGAAUCUAUCCCCAGGCCCACAUGCCUCAAUCCCAGGUUUGUACAAGAGCCCUUCCUAGGUGAAGGUGGAAUUUAAUAUACACCAACACUAAGAGUUAUAUACAGUGGUACCUCGGGUUACAGACGCUUCAGGUUACAGACUCCGCUAACCCAGAAAUAGCACCUCGGGUUAAGAACUUUGCUUCAGGGUGAGAACAGAAAUCACGCAGUGGCAGCAGAAGGCCCCAUUAGCUAAAGUGGUACUGUUAAGAACAGUUUCAGGUUAAGAACGGGCCUCCGGAACGAAUUAAGUACUUAACCCGAGAUACCACUGUAUAUAGCCAACUAAAGGACUUAUAAAUGUAAGGUAGAUUCUAUGAGAGUUAUCGACUGGUUUAUUGCUAUCCGCUGAUACCUUUAGAAAUGGUGCAUGUGCGAAUGAUAUUAUAACUAGGUAGACAUCAAACCACAACCGAUCUACCUAGCCGGCCUCCUGGAGAGAAACAUUUCAACAUUGGUUGCCAGAGGAUCUGAAAGUGGCGUUGUCUCUUUUUUAGUAUUGAGUGGGAGGAGGGAGUCAGGCUUUAUAUUCUGCCCUUGAACCCAGUUUGGAGAAGAGAUUUCAAGGAGUAGGAAUAGGAAGAGCCUCUCCCCGAUUUGAAAUAUUCGGUGGGCUUGCAGUGGGAUCCAGAAGUUGGCCUCUCGGGCUGAGAUGUGUGUGUGAAUUCAGGGUGGUCGACAGAUCUGUAAACAACUCAUUAGGGAGUCACCAAAAUGUAUACACGCGCGCGCACAUGGCAGCUACGACCUUCCCAUCAUCAUCCAACCUGCCCCAAAAGUGGCACUGGGCUCCAAAAUGGGACGAGAUUAGGAGGCCAGUUUUAAGGCAACCGAGAGGAGAGUUUUAAACCACAGGAGCAAAAGGGAUUAUUAUUCCAAACUGUAAUCCACAACCAGUUUCCCAAGUAGUCCUCCCGAAGUUGCAUGGAAUGAGAGCCUCGCAUGUUGUGGCAAUCCCUAAUGGGCCUCCCGGUUGACUUGAAGAACGAGAAUUUCAGUUCACGUGGGCUGCGAUCCAAAUGCUACGGGAAGGUCGGGAGACAUUCCCACGGAAUGCAAAGGCUGCAUCCUCAAGCGGUACUGUUUUCGCCUCGCGAGGGAAAACUCCCCAAAGGCUCUACUUUUUAAAGAGAUCAAAGGGUCUCAGAAAUGAGUCCAUCGCUCAGUUCAGCAACACUGGGGGCACCGCAACUUACCCAGGCAGGUGUUGGUAGGAUCCCGCCAGAAAAGCCUCUCUUUUUAACCAAAUAAAUCCACUUCCCGCAUUAAGGAAAUCUCCGGCUGGCCUUCAAGAAUAACAAUUGGGCAGAUUCUUAUUCAGCCUCACGGCAAUGCGGGCUGGGGGGGGGGCUGGGGCAUGGAUUCUUACACCUUCAGCCCAAAGGCUCCAGAAAUGGCCAGGGGGGAAAGGCGUUGCCUUUCUUGCCCCAUGAAAACAAAUUAUUUCCCGACUGCGCUCCCCGGUCGCCAGUUUACAGGCAGCUAGGCAAGUUCUUUCACUGAUAUAUUUAAAGAUAAUAUGUAACAAACUGAGAACUUUCCUAUGUUCAACGUUUCCACGCCAUCAUUACAGUGGUACCUCGGGUUACAUACGCUUCAGGUUACAGACUCCGCUAACCCAGAAAUAGUACCUCGGGUUAACAAUUUUGCUUCAGGAUGGGAACAGAAAUCGUGCUCCUGUGGCGCGGCAGCAGCAGGAGGCCCCAUUAGCUGAAGUGGUGCUUCAGGUUAAGAACGGACCUCCGGAACGAAUUCAGUACGUAACCAGAGGUACCACUGUAUAUCAGUCCCAGAGAGAGUGUUUGGCUGGGGUGCUUUAUCCUGCAAAUUGGUGGGGGUCUUAAUGAAUACUUUAAUUUGCUUUUUCUUUAAAAUCUGUUGAGCAUCACUGUACUUGGAUUUUUCGAUGGGGAUUUGUAUCCAGGGGUGAAAUAUGUUCUCUGUCGCUCUUAAAUUUAUGGAGGGGCGCGGAGGGACCUCCGAACCCGUAGAAGAAGUUAGAACAUCAUGCCACCACCCUAUCCGAAACCAGAGCAACUCGGCUGAAUUCGUUCUCGUGCUCCCCCACCCCCCUUUGACCUUACACCACGAGCCCUAAGCAAUAGCACACCCGUUUUGCACAACGCGAUUUAAUCCGAAAGAACUACACCCCCCCGGCUGGUUUUUGCGGUUUAUGUCCUGUGCCUAAAAGUCGUUUAGGCUUGAGCAAUCCUAUCGGCACAGAAAGUUCUAUUGGGAAGGUGAGACAUGAUAAUCCCGAGCAAAUCCGCACGUGAGCAUCGAAAUGGUGUUGGGAGCUCAUCCCAUGCCCCCACUUUUUUAUCAGCAAUCCUGUGCCGGUUUGCUCAGCAGCAAACCCUUUUGUCUUCAGAAGGGCUCACUCCCAGGUUUGGGAAGGAAGCCUUAAGGAUCAAUUUGGACUAUCCCAUCCCCGCCGCCGCCUCCCCCCAAAAGCCGCACAAGCCGAUCCUAUGGCCGGUUUACUGGCGGCUCAGCCUCUCGGUCUCCAACCAGCCUUGUUUACAGGUAAAUUGGGACAGGAGUUCUUAGGAAGGAACUAAUCCCCUUUGAAGUGGAGCAUGCGCACUGGCAACCAAACAGUGGGCGCCGUAUGAUGCCACUGAAGUGGGGUGGGAGGCUUCGUGGAUUCCAGUAGGAUGUGGUUAAAAGCUAUGGCCGUUCCCUGGAGGAGACUUGAGGGGGUGGGGUGGGGGCGAUCUACCUUUUCCCAGCCCCUCUCCUCCUCCUCCUCCCCCCCCUCCGGUGAUGUCAAUGCCAGAAGGUCCCCUUUGGCUGGAAUGGGACCUUGGCUUGCGCCAUAAAUCCUGGCAGGAGGCAGGCGCUGAUGGAGAGGCAAGAGGAGCCACCUGAUUGGCUCCAGGCUGCUCCGGGGCCUUGGUUCUUUUAAAGCCAAGCGAGGGGAGGCGAGGCAAGAGAGCGAGAGCAGCGCCAAACCACCCGGGAGAGAGGCGAGAGCGCUCCUUCCCCGGCGCGGUCUCUUUAAGAAAUGCGCCCCGCCGCCAGCCCCCGAGAGCGCUCGCCUGGGCCGCCGGCUCGCAGGCAGCUCCCUUGAGGCCGGCCCAGCGUGGAAGGGAAGGCAUCUCAGCGCGAGGAGGGACGGGGAGGUCUCGAACCUCGGCGAGGGAGGAGCUACGAGACAGCUUACAGACCUACGGGCGCGGGCAGCGCACUCGGAGCUCCCUCGCUCGCCAGCGGCCACCUCGCGCCACUGCGCUCUGUCGUUGCUGCUGCUGCUGCGCUCGGCCCCCCUGCUCUCCAUCGAAGGGGCUGGCUGGCGCGGGGGGCUGCUGCCACUGCCCCGCAUAUGCAGCCAGAGCCCGUCGAGGCUUGGCGCCGCCUGUCCCGCAGCGAGCCAAGCCCAGCCCGGAGCCGAGUGGAUUUAACCCGUCAAAAUCAGAGCAAAACCCCAAAGCAGACUUCUCCUUUUGCAACCGCUGUGGAAUAACCCUCGCCCUGUCUUGGGAAAGCAGCGCGCGCGCCUCCCCGAAGGCACAGGCGGGCACAACUGAGUCUUCUUCUUGCUAUGGAUUCCUUUAAAGGUGGGAUGAAUUUGGAAAGGGUUCCCGACGGCUUGAGAGCUCCCCAGGCGCCCCACGACAUGGCUUCCAGCUUCCAUUUGCAGAGAUCGUCCGAGGCCAGGGAAGCGAUCGAGAAUUCCGCCAGCGAAUCGUCCGACACCGAAGUCCCAGGUAAGGGCUGACGUCCUGCGAGUGGCGUUGUUCUUGGGGUUGUUUGCGUCACGUAAGAAAAGAGGGCAAAUGCCUGCUUUCCUUACCAAGGGAAGAUACACCGGAGGACUUUUGUCUUUUAACCAAAUAGGUGAAUGCAGAACUAUGUUAAUCACCGAGAGGGAAAGAGGCGCGGAGGGAUUUAAACUUUCUAACAUAUAGUCGUAUAUUGCUCUCCACAUCCAAGCGAAAUAUUGGCGUUGCACACGCACAUAAAUUUAGGUGCCAUAAAUUUAUUUGAAAGCUGUCAUUCCGAUCGCGGUUUUUGUAGAAUGCUUCUGAAAGCAUGUCAGCUCUGAUGGGUUUAUUUUCCAUCCUGGAAACCGUACAACAUGUAAAAAUAUAUCUCUCUGUCAAAAUAGGGGAGCACCCAUCAAAAGUCAGGAGGGGGUGAAGGGUGGGAGUACAUGAGAGAAAGACUGAGAAAUCCAGACAUUCAGAAUCUAUAUUAUUCUAUAGGCUGCGCAUCACGUAAAACUUGGGUUAUGUUACAAUAUAUCUUCGUAAAGGGAAAAAUCAUUUUUAGAAGAUGCCAAAAUAAGGGGACGGGUGUGUGGUUCUCUCUCUCUCUCUCUCUCUCUCUCUCUCUCUGUGUGUGUGUGUGUGUGUGUGUGAAUGCUUAUACUGAAACUUACUCGCAGGUAAACGUGCGUAGUAUAAUCGCAGCCUUAAAGUUUAUGCUUAAAGUUAUUUUAAGGAGACUUUCGGAUUUCUUUUUCUCCCCCCUCCAAACUGUCUGCCUGUUUCCAUUUUGGCGGAUGUCCCGCAUAUAAUAAGGCCCCUCCGCUGAAAAGGUUAUCUUUUAUUUCAACACAAAACAGAGUCACAGACACCCAGGCCGUGUCCCUCAAGUCGGUACAUACGGCCCUAUUCCUUGCCUUGCCAUUUAAUUUCCAGAGCUCUGUGGUUAAGAUCUCGGGAAACUUAAACCACGAUUAGAGGCCUCGAUGACAGAUUGUAACCUGGAAGUGAAUGGGGAGGGUUGGAAGCUUAAAAGAGCACAGGAAGAGGUUAUGGCCGGGAUACUGCGUGCACCCUUGGAAGGGAGAUCUACGGAAACCUUUGGGACUUGCAGCCCAAUUUCAUACAUAUCUACUUGCGAUCAAGUCUCAUUGUGCCACACUUCUUUCUGCGUGUGCACAGGAUCGCAGCCUCGUUUUCCAGGGCAAUGCAUAUAUUGGCUUCAUUUAAAUUUAAGUAUCUUUUUAUAACUCUGGAACAAUCUCCCCCCGCCCCGUGCGUUUUCCUUUGCAUAGACAGUUGUAACUUUCGACAUACGGAUCUGUAAGACACACGCGCAGCCAUCUACACAAUAUAGAUAUACCGAGAACGCAUAUACACUGCAUAAGCUCCGUAGACAAAGGAAAAUGGAUCAAGAGAAGCAGGAUAACUUAAAACAAACCUAAUUUGUGUAACAAAAGCAGUAAAAAAACAGGGCUGGGAAUGGUCAUUAUUGCCUCUAGAUUUCCCCACGGAAAUCGAUGAUUCUGGGCGCUUUGACGAGGUCUUAAAAUAAUAGGGAGCUUCGGUUUUAGCAGCUCCAGCGCGAUGGAGGCGCCUUAAAUCCAAGUCAAGGAAUAAAGAAAGAAACCUCCUUUCCCCUUUUUCUUUUCCAAAGGCAGUUUGAAAGCGGCCGGGCCUAGGCUGAAAGGCCGAUGUGUCUUGAUGCGGGGAGAGGGAGCUGUGGGAAAGAGGAGGGGGGGACCUUUCCCAGUGGUCGUUGUCCCCCUAAACUGUGGCUCAUAAAUCCCAAAGCGGUUCAGCGAGCAGGGCCCGAGCUAGUCCACGCCAAGACACAAAGUACCUCUCACUUCUUCUAAGUGGAAAAAUGUGCUAAGACCAAUUAAGCCUAAUGUGUGUUAUGAUUUGAAACUGUAUCAGAGGCCCGUUGGAGAAGGCAGACCCCCCUUUUUUUUCCUGUAAUGAAACGGGCAAGAGGGAUAAAUCAAAGGCCAAGAUCUCAAUCGCCUUGAUGGAUGGCGCUUCCAAAGAUUUAUAUGUAUAUAAUUUAUAUGUAUAUAUAUAUAUAGUGUGUGUGUGUGUGUGUGUGUGUGUGUGUGUGUGUGUGUGUGUCAGAGGCAGCUCUCCUGCCCUCUACCAAUUCGAAGAGGCGUCCCAAAUCUUCUCUCUGUGCUGCUAGCCAGCCGGACCCUCUUUCCAGGGAUGGUGAGCUGGAGGAGCCCAGCCGGGGCUGGAGUGGGUGGGAUCUGGGUAGCGAUGGGUUUCUGGCUUGGACACCACCAAGGAAACUUUUAACGAGGCGAGCGCGUUCCAGGCCUUGUUUGCUUUGCAAACCGCUUACUGGAAAGAGGGCCAUCACAGGCUGCAAUAAGGUCAUUUACCACUUUGGGGUUUGAACCGUGUAACCGUUUGAACUCGCCUCUUUGCUUUCAGAGCUCCCAGAUGGACGCAGGAGUCAUUUUAAGCACAGCCAGAGCGGGGGAUAGGCAUUAAUCGGUGACUUAAAGGGAAUUGAGGGUUGUUGUUUCUUUGCAGGAGUAGAGCUCGUUUAUUUAGGAUUUUCAGAUCCUCACUGCCCGAUACAUGAAACGACGUUUCAAGGAAAUAAAUUGCAAGGAAAUUAAUUCAGUACUAAGCCUUGGAUUUAGGAUAAACAUUCCAGAUGCGAAUUAAAGCGCAUUCACUCUUGUUCGCGUGAGUCCUUGAGGUGUAUGCGUGCGCGUGUUUGUAUGCGUGUUGUGCGUGCCUUACACACACUGACAGGAGCACACGGAAUUCUUCUCGCUCUAUAGAAUGGCACAUAGUUCCCGAUCCAAACAAAGUGGGUGUGGGAGAUUCUGAAGCCCCCUACAUCCCACUGAUUAAAGUGUAUGCUUUAAUCUCACCUUUGAAAUCAAUGGGAGGAAAGAGGUUGCUGUUUGAUGGAUCCUGUGCUAUGGUUUGGUUUGGUUUGUUAAUUACAUAAACACUGAUGUGUUGUACACAUAUUUACGCACGGAUUCAAUUACAAUUUGUGCGUUUCAGUACAUAGAGAAAUUAGAAGGUGACGAUCCUAAGUCAAUGCCAUAGCACUGGGACUUCAAAUAAUGUUGUUAUACAUCAGCUUGUUUAAAAAAAAAAGCAAAGUUUUAUGUACGUGAGAACAAAAUCGCUCUCAUUCUGCACACACACACAACAGCCUAUGGCUGAGAUCCAUAGUCCCUUUGUUUUAAAACUUACUGCAAUUAUUUUGAGGAUGUUACUUUUUUAAAAAGCGUUGUCGAGUAAAAUGGGUGGUUUUCAUAAUAUUUGCUUCGUUUGCAUAGUCGAUUAUGUGUGGAGUACACAUAAUCCCACCUGAAAAGAUUUGCAUAUGGACUCCUGUUUGCAUACUACGAUAGACACGCGCAACGCAUCAUCAUCGGUUAACACACGUGUCUAUUGCUAUUGAUAAAAUACUUCGUAAAAUAUGAGUUUAAAAACCGGUUUGCAGGCCCGUAAAAUUGGAGUGGCUCUGCAAUAAGGAACGAAUAUAUCGAUGCAGAAAAACAGACCACUGGUAACCCAACCCUAAACGUUUCUACUCGGAAGAAAGUGCCGCUGGGUUCAGUGGUUAAUAUUUGCUGCCAGGGAUUGCAAGCCGAAUAGCUUCAGUUAAGACGAAAUGAUUAGUGAUCUCAAAGCAUCACCUUAGGAGGCAACCCCUUGGGAGAAAGUCCCAAUAGGACUCUGGGAUUUUCUCUUGAGUAAACAAGUAGAGGAUCGUGCUGCAUGAUAGAAAAAGUUUGCCGGUCUGAAAUAUGUUUUUACUACAUUAAUAUGUUAGCACCGUAGUUCCGGUGAACCACGAAAUUCACUGAAAUCAAACUGACCUGCCUAGGUAUUUCCUCUUAUAUUGCUUAUAAAGAAGUAAGAAGCCAUAAGAUUUCUCCGCCGCCGCCGCCCCUCGCCCCAUUGUAGAAUGCAUUGCUAUAAAAUGAACGUUGUAUAAUUUAAGUAUAUAUACUAAUAUUAUUAAGCAGGAAUAAAAAUAUGGAGACAUCGAACCAGCAAAGGGCAAUAUAUUUAAUCACUGCCCAGGCAGCACGAUCCUGUGCGUAUUUAUUCGGAAGCUAGUCAACUGAAGGCGAGGAUACUUGCACUCCAGGGCGCAUACCUGUGACAUCUUGAAAGUCCUAUGGAUGUCAGGCAGAGUUCAGAAUAUGAUUAAAUUUUGCCCGUUGAAGUCAAUGGAGCUCUUGCCCUCGAAGUCUUCCUUCAUUGACUUCAGAGGGUCGUAGAGUGAAGCCCCGGUCUUGAUGUAAUGUGCCAAUAGAAGCUUGUACCAGUUGUACAUGCUGUAUUGUAACUAACUAGCAGGUAUUAUGUUUUGCCUUAAAUUGUGUGUGCACUUCGAAACUGAAAAUAAUUCAUAUAAUUUCCAUUUUUGAAAGGUGUAGGUGGGAUCAAAUGUAUUUUGUUUUUGCUGUUGUUGUUUUCCUUUAUUUAAGGAACCAUAAAAAAAUAAGGCUCUAAAUUUUACCUAACUGAAAAAUCAUUUGACUGUCAGAAUCCAAAUUCCCAAAGUAGAAAUUUAAUCCAGUUGUGUGAAAGGUUUCGUUUUCGGGUUAAGUAAAUUCAAACUUUCCCCCUGUGGGGAGUAUAUUUUGUGUCCUGGUGCCUGCUAGGAAAAUAUCCAAAAACAACAACAACAAAAUCGAUGUGAAUUCUUCAUUGCUUUUAGAGACUUUUAAAAAGUGCCUAAAGAAAUGGCUUGUAAAGGUUUCCCACGCCUUUUUAAGAAAUGUUUUUCCCACCUUGAAUCUCUUAAAGUCCAUUAUGAAAACAGAAACAAAAAAAAAUCUGUUGUCAUUUGCGUAAAAGGAAGACUAGGUCAGGAUCCGGGCUUGAUUGGCCUUUGCUUUUGUAAUGGAAAAUCCUUGAUUCUGGGUUGUGUUUGAUGAGGCUUUCUAAAACAGACGCGAUGGUUUCAGUCCAGGAGCUCUCGCUGCUGUGCUGUGCAAAGAUUCAUUGGAGGAAGAUUUGGGCUACAAAUCCAGACCUUAUUCAGAUUCCUUUCCGAAGGAGAGUUUGGUGGCAAUGACUUGGGCUGGGGAGUUAGGAGAAGCAGUUUGGGCAUUUCUAUUCCCCCCCCCCCGCCCUUUCUAAUUGUAAUUCUUUCUUUCGCCUCCUUAUGCCCGGCCCUUUGCCUUUGCAGAAAAGGAGCGAAGCGGCGUGCAGAAAAGCGACGACGGGAACGUGGAUGACCCGGCGAAGAAGAAGAAGCAGAGGCGGCAAAGGACGCACUUCACCAGCCAGCAGCUGCAGGAGCUGGAGGCCACUUUCCAGAGGAACCGAUACCCGGACAUGAGCAUGAGGGAGGAGAUCGCGGUGUGGACCAACCUCACGGAGCCCCGAGUCAGGGUGAGCCACGCUCCGCUCUCUCCUCGGGCGCCCGCCUCCCAGGGUUAACCAACCCAGCCACUUCCCAGGCCUGCCUGAAGACAACUCCGAGGCAGCCCGUAAGAGCCCAUCGCCAACUCCCCUGGGCCCUCCCGCCUCUUGGCCGGGCGCGGAUGGAGCCCAGGUUGAGAAACAGCUUUUCUCGGAAGUAAGCCCCCCCAUGUGCGCGUCCCAGGGGACGGACUUCCAAGUAAGUUUGUUCCAGAGGCAGCGCGGCCUUCUCCUCCCGGGUAGGUGCGCCUGUGCCCAGAGGAGCGCAGCCUCGAGCCUUAUUUAGACACCGGUCUACCAAAUAGAGGAGUCCCAGGUGAAAUCCGAGGAGAGGGAGCCACUGGGGCAGGAGGCGGUUAAGAGGAAGCGCCAGUUAUUGGAAGAUGAGAAAGAGAUCCGGGGGAUCUGGCGCUGGUGGGACUGUCCAAGGGUGCUUUGUUUUUACAGAUCCUAAGCCAUCUCUGGUCGAUAUCACCUUAUGCUAGGAAGAUCUACAGAAAGAGAAGCGAAGUUCUAUAGCUUGUAAUUAGAAUUAGCUCCUUCGUAGUGAAAAAAGAGGCAGUAUUUCAGGGAUGGGGGAAUCUGCUUUACAGUACUGAAGGCAGCAAAAUGCAUAAUUCCAUGCAGGAAAACAAGGCUGAGCUGGGCCUGACCUGCUCUGUGCUUGCCAUCUCCUUAACCAAGGUAAUUUUUGCAGCCCUAUAUUCCCACUUGCUCGGAAGGAAGUCCCACCGAGGACAGCGAGACUUGCUUCAGAAUAAACGUGCACAGAGUUGGGUAGCAUGGAGGAGAAAGUCCCCGUCGAAUGUUGUGUAGGAGCCGCGCAACUCACUCCUUAGACGCGCGCCUCGCUGCUUACUCCCAAGCAACGGGCUCGCAGGCAAGCGGCCUCAGCUUUACUCGGGAGUAAGAAACCAAACGGGAUUUACUUCUGAGUGGACUCGGCUAAGCUCCAGCUCCAAGCCUGCUUUAGGGAAUCCGAGGAAGCACCCUAUACGCCAAGGGUUGUGGGGGUCGGGGAGACUGCGAUUUGGGGAGCAAAACCCAGUGAAAACGUGCAUGGCGCACAGUAAACGAGGUGAGGGAUCGGGCCUCACUUGGGCGCCUGAGGACCAAAGAAUCCACGCGCAACAAACUUUGCGCGUCGGGCUCCCGGCGGAGGGGAAAUCCCGGGGCGAGUUCAGGCCGCGACCACACAGGGCUGGAGCCAGUUCCCCGGAGGAGCAUCAGAGGUGAUUUCCCACAGAAAAUCAGGAUCCGCAGAGUGCAGGAUCCAAGCAGCCCCGAGCCCUUCCGAGGCGUCUGGGGCCUCCCGGGCCCAGGGGUAGAGAAGGCGGCAGUGGAAAGGCGCCCUUCCUGGCGCGUUGUUGGCCCUUUAAAGCCGCUAGAGAGACAGGCCUCCAGAAACGCGGGCGAGGCUUUAUUUAAAACAAAAUCACUGCUCCAUUGCACUGCUGAAGGCGCAAUCCUACGAUCGUUAAGGAGCAAGCCCAACCGAGUAAACAUGCCCAGGAUUGGGCCGUAAACAAAUAAUAGUCUUGAGAUCAUUGAGACCGCCCCAGAUCAUUGUCCUUUUCCGUAGCAUGGGAAAAGCGGGUCUUGGCCAGGAGAGCCAUCUUUCAGAAUUUACUGUUCUCCCCUGCAUUAAUUAAAUGCAGCCAUUUAAUACCAAGCAGGAAAUCUAUUUUCUCUUCGGGCGAUUGCUGGGGGAGAGAGAGAGGGAGCCCAGGCAUCCGGGUAGAAAGCCUUUAUGAAUGCGCUCUUUUUCGUGGGGCCAUGAAGGGAUCUUUCAAAACAAAACAAAAACAAUUGUGCCGUCUGAUCUAGAAGUGAGGAACUUGUGGGUUUCUUUUCCCCCCCAGGGGAGUCUUGGCCCCGGCCGCUUUCAUUGGGUGGUGCUUCGCUUGCGCGGCGUUUCCUUGGCGCAUUUCCUUAGAUGGUAGACUGCAGCUAACUUGGUCAGGGAGACCGGGAGACACGUCCAGGACAGAGCCGUGCACUUCAGCUCUAAGUUUAAGCAUAUUUAAACAAACCAGAGGCGGGAAAGAAUAGGAGACACCCUCUGAAAUGCCUCGUUUCUUUAGCCCUCUGUAGAGCGCCGGCCCACAUUCUGGCGUCUACGCAUUCUGCGUAGGGGAGCGACCACACCGCGCCUUUAGCUAAUGUAGGAGAAGGCAAGGGCCGCUCGUUUGCACGUGCUGGGCAUUGUGAAUGGCGCUGGCUGGACAGAACGUGGCAUUUGCGCGCUGUACUGAAAUUAUUGCAGAAAGCGGAGAUUUAAAAUAAAUUAAGAGGCUUGUCCUGGAGUGCCCUGGAGGAGAACACUGGACACGAUCCAGCCCAAAAUAAGCACUUCAGAAAGGUGCAUUGCUGUGGGUUCAGGUUCACCAGAGCUCACUGAGACUUAAUUCCAAGCAACAAUGCACUGCUUUGGCCUGGAAGGUCACAUUGAAUUCAGCGGCCUAGCCAAGUACCUGCUUAACUCUCCCCAGGAAACAUAAUCCGCAAGGGUGAAUUACAUAGCGCUCAGUCGGACUUCUCAGUUAAACAUAGUUAGGGUUUGUUGCUGGAUCGUGCCCACUGCGUGAAAGUAAAUCCCGGCGAAAUGAAAUGCCAUUUGAUAUGUUGCGCUGAGGGUGCUCUGUGUGUGUUAGAGAGAGCUGUGCAAAAUCCCUAAAACCAGCAGGGAACCAUAUAUAAAAGGCCCCAUUUCCUGUGCGGUUUGUUUUGUUUCGCUUUGUUUUGGCCACCCCUUCCUUAUAUUCGUGUACAUAUUGUUUGAACGCCAACAGCCUGAUUCACAAAACUGGUUUUUUUAAGCGGAUGGCUCCGUCUCCCUGACUGUGCCCAACCCGCUUUCGGUGAGAGUUCAUUUCAAGCGCGUGGCCCUAAAACGCUAAGUUCCCCUGGAAUUAAAGAAACUACAAAUUCAGUGUUCGGGAUCGGAGUAACAAUCCCAUUGGUGUUGACUUUAUAUGAACUGGGCCUUGUGGGUGUGGGAAUGUUGAGGGUGGCAGGAGAGGAUAUAUUGAUUAUUAAUAUCUUUCCUAACUUGUAGCUCUAACACACCCCAAAGCAUACUUUCGCUUCAAGAGAUUUCGUUGAAAUCAAAGGAUCCGCGACUUCCAAGCCUGUGCGUAGGUCGGAAUCUCUAGCGCAGCACGGACAGGAUCCGCCGAGUAAACUCGGCUACCAGGGCCAGUUGCAUUGGGCUCCCAAGUCAACAAAUCAUUAUAGUCCUAAAUCAGUACAGAGAUGUUCUCUUACGCCUCUCUUGCCUACAACUGAAGAGGCUGUUUCUGUUUGUUUGUUUGUUUGUUUGUUUGUUUGUUUUAAAAGUUUUUCCUGCCCCAACUGGUAGGAAAAAAUAUCUUGCCGUAGGGAGAGGAUUAGUAUUUUAUUAGACUUUCUCUUUGCUUGUUUUUAACUUUGGAUUUUUAGUUUAUUGGACUUUUUUGGAGGUUCUCUCUCCGCCCUCUUUUCUUUCUCUGUUUCUCCUCUUCCACCCCCACCUCCCAUUUAUGAGUCCAGGAUACUUCCUUACACUGUGGGGAGAAUGAAUCCUUCUAGCGCCAGAGCUGCGGGUGGGUUUAAUCCGCGCUGAGGAUAGUUUGCGAUAUAACUACAGUGGGCGGAAGCGAAUGUCAAGACGCCCAUUCAGUUCAAUGGUUAUGCGUCGCAUCCUCUUAAAACCGCGUCAUCAUGGGCUCCAGCUGGCGACCACCCCAAAGGGGCUUGUAUACCGCAGUGGGGCAGGAGAUGCGAUCGGGGAGUAUAUGCCUAAACUCAGCUCGGGAAAACGUUAAGGGAACUGCUUUCUUCGCUGGAGGUCAGCUUGGAGUAUUGGGGUUUUUGAAACCACAGUGAAGCCGGAUCCGAUGCACUUUUACUCGGGGGUAAAUCACACCAAGUCCAGUGUGACUCUCAAGUCACGCCUGCAUGGGAUCUCAGCCGCCUCCUCCUCAGUCUGCUUAAAUCGCCCUGUUAGGCUGAUAUUCUGUCCCCAAGUGGCACUUGCAAAGGAAGCCCCGCUAAUUUAUUUUCAAAUAAAUAAAUAAACGGGCACUUAACCGGCUUAGGGAUCGGGCUAUUAGAACGGGGAAAUCCGCAGAGGUUUGAUAUUUAUUUCAGAAAAUGCAAUUAGGCAACCUCUGUCUCCUCAAAAGUGAAUCCCGGCUUAAUCCCCGGGAACUGCGCACGAAAUGGCAGCCCUUCUUGUGACAAGCAAAAAAAAAAGGGCUAUGGGUCGUUUUUGCAGUGUAGGAAAUUUAAGCAGCAACCCCGACGAUCAGUGACUCAAGAGGAAGUAUCCCUGAGGUCAAUGGGAUGUGUGUCUGAAACAAAGCAUGAGCAAGAACGGGGAAUAUGCUGCAUUUUUCCAGGGAUGCGUUUAGUCUAGUUUUGGCGCGAUCCACCGAAGUGGAUCACCUGAGGAUCACUGGAAGGCAAGGGACACCUUCCUAUAUUCUUGCCAAGGGGUGUCCCUCCCCACGGGUUCAAUUUCCCCCUAAGCGAGAUGUAAGACUGCAGCCUCAAACUCUAGGAACUAGCCCCGUUUUUAGGACUUCAUUCGGCUGGAAUCGCCCGGUCCUUACUUCUGUCCAAAUCUAAAAGAAAGGCCGUUUUCGGAAAUCCCACUUUGGCCUUCGUAAAUCACUGAGACCUGGACAAAACAAACCAAUAAAAACGUCGCUUGCAGAUGCCGCUUUUAACCUUUCAGGGGCAGCCAGAAAAAUCAGAUUUCCUCCCAAGUAAAUUUUGUGAUUGCGCUUAUACUUGUAAACAGCUUAGAAGCCACUUUGGCAAGUAAGAGGUAGAUAAAUCAAUAAAUAGACGUGUGGGCAAGCUGAACAUUUGGUGUGGAAAAAUUUCGGGGAAUUCAUUCCCAUUCAUUGCAAUUCUUCUUCAGCCUUCUGUAGAUAACACAUAUAUAUUUAGAAGCAGCCUUAAAACUCAGUUUUGCCAAUCCACCCUUAAUUUGCAAACGUCUAGAAGCCAUCAUUAAAACUAUUAGCCUCAUUUUCAGGAAAUUCCUGUCUGGAAGCACCUUCUGAAAAAUGAAUUACAGGUUUUGAGUGUGUCGCCUUUCCUCGUUUCCUCUUUUAUAUUUACACCGGAUCCUUCCUCCUCCCUGGUCCUUUCCCCCUCACAAUUUGCCUUCCUGUUCUCAAUGUAGCAUUCGAGUUUGUUGCCCCUAAACUCAGACACUGAUGAGCAUCAGCUACAUGCCUAAUUUUGAAGUAGGUGCCCGAGUCUCAAAGGCCCCCUUGAAUGACACAGCAACCAUUUCACUUUUUGGAAGGACCUUACUUAAGGAAAACUGGUUUCUGUUAGAAGGAAGAGCUCACUUUCUAAGAGGCCAGGUGGACGUGAUGUCGUCUCACAUCUGCUUCUUUCCCUGACUCUCCUUAGCCAGGACCUGUACAAAGACCACACAACCCACCAGUAACACAGGCAGUUCCGGAGGCCGAUAUUUUCCACCAAGGGAGGGGAAGAUAUUUUAACCUGUAGCAGAAACCACGUGGAAGACAUACCUCCCCAUUAGAUCUGCCGUCUCUUAACAGGACGCUAAACCAGAUCCGGCUGUGUCCUGCUUCAGGUUAUGAGUUGGGUGUCUUUUCCUGUUCUCUGAGCCCUGGAUUUUUAUGAAAGGGAACUCAAAGCAUUUCCCAAAGAUGCACUUUCCACAAAUCUGCAUCAGGUCCCUCCCCCCUCCUCUUUCACCGUUUUUUACAUUAAACCCCAGGAGCAACCAGCCUCCUUUUGCUCUCCAGCAGCAAAGCUGUAAAUUCUGAAUAUUAAACGCAAAGGCAGAUGCUGCAUCCAUUGAAAGGCGAAGGAUGUAGGGGGUGGUUGGCUCUGUGUUUACCUUAAACCUACUUGCCCAGUCCCACUUUUUAUGAUCUGUAAGGAGGGUGUUUUUGGUGUGUUUUUUGUUAAAAGCGUUAGCAUUGGACAAAGCAGACCAGCCGCCAUAGCCAGGGCCUGAUCACAACAAGAGUAUGGUCAAGGGUAGGUAAUUCUCUGCAGAGAAAGGGAGUGAGGGUUUGAAAUUUUGGAGAUCAUCAAGAGGAGAGAGAUCGGAUGCCCGUCCAAAGCAGCAGUCUGCAGGAAAGGAUUUAUGCAAGGACAAAAACAGCUUACAUGUCUUAUUGCAUGGAACCUCAAAGACAUCAUGCUUGGGAGAGGGGUGGCAGAUACGGAAUUCAGUGUGUUCUUCCUAGAACAACUUUCUCCAGGGCUUUUUAAAGGAGAGCAGGAAAACUUGAUAAGGGAAACCUAGAAUCUGACAUGAGUUCAGACUGGGCACAAAUAGAUGGACAAUGUAUUUUCUUCAGUAUCCCCAGAAAGGCACCUAGACAGAGGUUUCGGAAAUUGGCAUAUUUAUUUAUAUUUAAUUCAUUUGCUGAUUAAUCAAUUAAAAGCCCUCUUAAAGCCAAUGUUCUUUAACUGGCUCGCAGCCAUAGUUUUAAGGAUAAUUGCUCCCCAGAGACAGGAACUGGACCCUAGCUGAGACCCAGAAACAAAUUGUACUCUACUGGCUUCUUGGUUCUACUCAAUUGACUUCAGCUCCAGCUGUUCCUUUGGGAGGGCUGGGGGUGGAGGUGGAGGCGGAGGGAGGCUGAAUGGCCUCUCUGGCAUAAUAGAUUAUCCACAAACAGCUUUCCCAGUGGAGUGGAGCAGCAUGAAUAUGAGAAAUAUUGCAAGUGACAGUUCAGCUUUUUAAAAAAUCCAGACCAGCAAUCAUGCUAGCUUGCAGCAAAAAGACGGUCAAAAGUACCAUGGCACCUUUUAAAGCCAGGACAGGGAACUCCUAAGGCCCUCCAGAUGUUGCUGGAUGCCACCAGCCCCAGCCAGCAUAGCCAAUGGUCAGGGAUGAUGGGAGCUGUAAUAUCUGGAGGGCCACAGGUCCCCACACCUGUUUUAAAGGCUGACAUUGUUGUGCAAUAUUUUAAAGGCAAUAGCUUAAUUUUAUCAAAUGCAUAAGUUGGGCUGAGAGAGUGGUAGGUGUCUACAUAAAAUGGAGGUGUCUAUAUACAGUGCCCAUAGGUGUCUAUAUACAGUGGAGAAUUUUAAAAAAUCAACAACAGUUUAAUGUGCUGAUCCUGCAUGUUUUUAACAUUCCAGUCACCCUCUGCCAUCCUUUUUUUAAAUUUCUAAACAGUGUUUCGACACUAUCGUAGCAUAAAACAUCAAGGCAACGUACAAAGUUAAAACAUGAAAGACCAUUAAAAAUAAAUAAACUUCAUGCUUCCAUAUCCACUUCAAUAAACUUAAGAAUUAAUAUAGGCUGUCCUUACAAGGUGGCCCCAAACCUAUUUUUAGUGCCAGGGUUAUAUUGCUAGAUCAGGUGAGCAAUGCAUUUGCGUGCAAUAAGCUAGUAGAUUAACUCAUAGAUUUCUUUCAUAUUUGGGGGAUUAAAGGAGAAAGAAAUAGCAGAAAUCUAUUGAACACGACAGCUCUUCUUUUAGAGAAAGAAAAGCUAUUCUGAACAUGCUCGAAGUGUUUCUCCCUUUACUUUGGUUGUCCCUUUUUUCCUUUCUAAAUGGCUCAGAAGCAACUAUGACUUUUAACCAUGUUGCACCCUUGCAAAGCAUUUGGCAGAAUACUUCUACGGUAGUUUUCUGCUACAUUUUAGCAAGGCCUCCAGAAAUUCCACCAAGUGAUUCCAUAAUCUGGCAUGAAGAUGCCACAACGGAGAGACAGUAUAUUAGCUGUUAACUAAACAGCAUCUUAAUCGAGCUUCAGCUGAGCGGAGACGCUUUCCGGAAGCAUCGGGCUGGCCAGUACGCAACUAGCUCCAGCGUUGCCAAAGCCGUAUCCUCCAGAUAUUGUCUACCCCCGGUCAGCCCCAGCCAGCAUCAGCAAAGGCCAGGGAUGAUGGGAAGUGGACGCCAACGGCAUCUUGAAGCGCACCCAUCAGCUGGCCAUCCCUGGAAUAGCCGGACUUUGAAUCUGAUGCUACCCUUCUUGGGUCCUUCAGUUUCAUCUGCUGAGCGCUUCCCAUUAAAAAGGCUCCGACCGCGUAGCGGCGGGUGCCACAGGGAGACGUACUUUAGGGCAGCAGGGCUGGCAGCCAACUUUGAAGCCCUCUAUGCUAUUAUUCUUAUUAUUAAUUAUUUUCUGUACCGCUUAAUGGUGACAUGUAAUAAAGGGGGGGGGGCGCAGGGGAAAUAAGGCCAUUGAAAUCAGAAUCGUAAGAGCUGGAAGGGAUCCCAGGGCAUAGCUGUCAACUUUCCCCUUUUCUUGCGAGGAAUCCUAUUCGGAAUAAGGGAGUUUCCCUUUUAAAAAGGGAAACGUUGACAGCUAUGUCCCAGUGUCAUCUAGUCCAACCAUAGGAGCCAACUUCUAGGGGUCCUUUGCCCCCCCAUAAAAUAUUUGAGGGAGCCCCCCCUGUUUAUGGGUAUUGCAAUUCAAAUGGCGUGUGCGCACCACUUCAUGUGAUCAUAGAAUCAUAGAACCGGUUGUGAGCAUUAAACGCCCGUCUGCAGAUAGUAAACUCAGGGACCACUGCAGGACUAUGCAACUGUUGCAACCUUGGCAUUAUCAGCCCCACGCUCUGACCAGCUGAGCUAUCCAGGCUCAAUUAUCAGUUAUGCGGGGUGUGACUUGCCUUCCUCCCCCCCCCCCCAAUAUUUUAUUCAAGUUGGCAUCCCUGAGUCCAACUCCUGGCCCGCUGGAAUAUUUUGCCCAACCCCACGACCCUGAGAUGACGCUUCUCCUGCCCUCGCGAGUGUGGAUGGGUGGGUGGGGGAGUGGGGGAAAGGCGUGCCUGGCUUUGGCCGUCGGUGGAGCCCGGCCGCCCCCUGCUAAGCCCUGCUUUGUCCGCCCCUUGCAGGUGUGGUUCAAGAACCGUCGCGCCAAGUGGCGGAAGCGGGAGCGCAACCAGCAGAUGGACCUGUGCAAGAGCGGCUACGUGCCGCAGUUCAGCGGCCUGAUGCAGCCCUACGAGGAGGUGUACGCGGGCUACCCGUCCAACUACUGGCACGCCAAGAGCCUGGCGCCGGCGCCGCUCUCGUCCAAGAGCUUCACCUUCUUCAACUCCAUGAGCCCGCUCUCGUCGGCGCAGUCCAUGUUCUCGGCGCCCAGCACGCUGCCCUCCAUGAGCAUGCCGUCGUCCAUGGGCCACUCGGCCGUGCCGGGCGUGCCCAACGCCGGCCUCAACAACCUGAGCGGCUCGUCGCUCAACACGGCCAUGUCGUCGCCCGCCUGCCCCUACGGCCCGCCGGGCUCGCCCUACAGCGUCUACCGGGACACUUGCAACUCCAGCUUGGCCAGCCUGAGGCUCAAGUCCAAGCAGCACUCGAACUUCGGCUACAGCGGCCUGCAGAGCCCCGGCUCCACCCUCAACGCCUGCCAGUACAACAGCUGA